AUGGGUGUAAGUCUCUCCCUUUUAGCACCACAGGCACACACGGUGGCUCUAAGAGCCUACGUGGAUGUGUUACCCGGCUUCACCUUCCUUGAUGUACUUAACGAUAGUCGGUUCCUCAAAACCAUCAGAGCAUAUGACACAACCGACCACACUCUCGUGGUCAUCAAAGUAUUCAUAAAACCACCUGCAGUGGGCAUCAAACUUCCAGACACUGCUGAGCUUCUAGGAAAAGAGGCGCUGCUUCUAUCAUCCCAUCCAAAUGUGCAGCCCUGGCACAGAAUCAUUGAAACUGACCUGGCAGGUUACAUGAUCAGACAGCUCGUCAAGUCCAACUUAUACGACCGUCUUUCGCUACGACCUUUCCUUGUACCUGUUGAGAAAGCAUGGAUUGCUUUUCAGCUCCUCAAUACUUUGCAAUUGCUCCAUGACCAGCUAAACAUAUGCCACGGCGACAUCAAGACUGAGAACCUCCUCGUGUCGUCCUCCAAUUGGCUAGUUCUUUCGGAUUUCUCGAGUCACAUCAAGCCAGUGCAUCUUCCUGGCGACAAUCCAAGUGAGUUUGUGUUUUACUUCGACAGCUCUAACAGAAGAACUUGCUACUUGGCCCCAGAGCGGUUUUACCAGGAGAAAGCACCGGCACAGUCUGUGCUCACCAGCUCAAUGGACUUGUUUUCGGCAGGGUGUGUGAUUGCAGAGCUUUACAAUGACGGCGAGCCAACCUUUACUUUGUCUGACUUGUUUAAAUUCAAGAAAGGCGAGUUGGAGCCCAACAUCUCGAGCAUUUCGGAUAGCAAUGUGCGUCAAUUGGUAAAUACGUUGAUUAGUAUCGAGCCUUCUGACCGUUCGCUGGCUCAUGAUCUUCUUGACGAGUACAGAGGUACUUUAUUUCCAGAAUACUUCUAUGACUACUUGUACAAGUUCAUGUGUGACAUUAACAACGCCGAGCUUCAUGUGGUGGCAGAAAACAGCGACUACGUUUCGCCUAGUGAUUCCCGGUUGGAGAUGAUUUACGACUCGUUUGAGGACAUCACAAGAGCUCUCCUGUUUUCCUACGAUUCUGAUACACCUCCAGUGCGUUACUCUGGCCCAGUCUUGAAGAUAAAUUUGGGAGGUCUACCUGAAGACUACACCAUACGUAAGGUUGAACAAGAGGAGGCUGGAGCGUUGAUCUUGUUGAACACCGUGUGCUCACUUUUAGGCACCCUCAAACGCCCGGGUAAUAAAAUAAAGGCCUGUCAAAUCAUCUUGGCGCUUUCUGAAAGAAUAAGCGAUGAUGCAAAGCUUGACAGAGCGCUUCCUUACAUCUGCAGCUUGAUAGAUGAAUUUUUGGAGGAGACUGGUUUUUCUCAGGCUACAUAUACUACGAAUGAUGGCAACAAUUUCCCACCACACACCAAUCUCUCCACGAGAGUCCCUUGCGUUGCACUUUUGGCAGCCACAAAUUUGCUCGAAAGUUGUGUUUCUAUCAACGCCAUCAAUUCCCAACUUUUCACAGAGUAUUUAUCACCACUCUUGAAAAGCAUUGCAUUUCUCAGUUCAGCUCACAAGGAGGAAGUGAGGUACCUUCGUUUAACUCUUGCUACAUGUCUUCCCUACUUGGCAUCGGUAUCGGAAAGAUUUACUCUCAGCUCAAGGCAAUACCGCUCAAGCACAACCCAAUUUGCAUCAGAUGUGAGCAAUGGGGAAGCUGCCCCGGAACUGGACUCGAUAAGACAGCGUUCACUUACAGACUUCAAAGAUCUCACCGAGGCCCUUCUUACCGACCCAGAUGUUGCUGUUCGCAUAGGUUUGGUGAAUGAAAUCUUACCGCUCUGUGAAUUUUUUGGAGCAGACAAGACGAAUGACCUAAUUCUUCCACAUUUGAUUACUUACUUGAACGAUCCCAGCUACCAAUUACGUCUUGCAUUUUUAUCCUCCAUUAUCAAAAUAGGGCCUUUUAUCGGUACCUUAGCUUUCGAGCAAUACUUAUUACCCUUACUUUUCCAAACGCUAGGAGAUCACGAGCUGUCUGUCGUUCUCAAGAUUCUCGAAAUUUUCCAUCAUUUCUUAAAGGAAAAGCUCAUCAAUCCAGCUUCCGAGUUCAAUGCAUUGUCCAUAUACAAGGAGGUGCUUACCAACUGCUCUAUACUACUCCUUCAACCCAAUGAAUGGAUCCGUCAAUCGGUCCUUAAUAUAAUUUUGGUGGUGAGCGACAAUCUUCUGAAUGCUGACAGGUUCUGCUUCCUAUACCCCAUCAUCAAAAGUUACCUAUCCUAUGACAUUUCCCUCAUGAAUUGGCAAACUUUAUAUCCUUGCGUCACCAAGCCACUUCUGAAGCAGGUUUACGAGACAGCCCUCAUUUGGUCGUCAAAUGCAACAGGUAAGUCACUAUUUUGGAAACAAACCACUUUUUCUGCUAUCAACCAAAUGAACGGAAGAAGGAAGUUGGUGUCUUACUCUAAGGAUAUGGGAAAGUCAGUCUAUGUUCCCCACUCCACAAGCAGCUCAAUUGGUGAAAGCAAGAGGCUGAGUGAUAUUGCGUUGUCAUCUGAGGAUAAGCAGUGGAUUCUUAAGCUCAAAUCAGUUGGCAUGGAAGAGAAGGAUCUUUGGAAGGUGUUUGCUUUGAAAGAUCAUUUUAUCAGUCUUAAUCGCUCAAAACUUCAUGCUUCCAGCAAUAGUCAGGAGGAGUACAACAUGGCGGCGAAAGUUAACGUACCACCUAUCAAUGUCUUUUUCGAUAUAUGUUUCAAGACUGAACCAAUAGACAGCCAUGCGAAGACCAUCGAAAGCGUGCCUGCUCCUGAUGUCAGAGAGACUGGCUCCAUCCGCUCCACCAACGAAGGUAAGGGAUUAUUUUUCUCCAGCACUCAAAAAGCAAAGGCAUCAUCGCAGACAGUGGCAGCCAAUGUUCUCGGCGAGCUCGAAAUAAGUCAUAGCGAUGGUAUUGGAGCUCACAAGUCUCAUCAUCAUCACCAUCGUCAUCAGCAAACUCGAGACGCGUACCUGAUACAUAAAGUAUUCGGGGCAGGGUCAUCUAGUGUCAUCUCUGCAUCCAUGAGACACAACUACCACGAUGCCAAUCCUCACAUUUCUGAGUACCUUCGAAACCUUUCUUUCGGUCCGUCACUUGAUGAUUUUGCUGACUUCGGUUCUGUGAUCAAGAACAGUGGUGAAGCUGCAGCCUUGCCUGAAUUGAAUCUACAAGGUAUACUAGUAACUCUGAUCAAUGCCAAGAGUGACCCAAGCUCACACGAAAUCAUCACCAAAAUUGUGGCCUGUCCAACUUCAGAUUUCUUUGUCACUGGAUCAGAGGAUGGUAAAGUUAAGGUUUGGGAUGCGAGCAAAUUGGAGAAGAACACUAUGUCCAAGAGUGCUAGUCUAGUCGUUGAUUUGAAGAGUGCAGUCACGGAUAUAGUUUUUCUUCCCCAUCGUUUCGUGUUUGCUGUUUCCACCGCUGAUGGUAGAAUUCGCCUAUUCCGUGUGAUAGUAGCAAGGAAUAAAGCGAGAAAGAUCACGAAGUACACGAGACUAUUCAAGAUUCGCAGCACGGACUUGAAGGAUGGAUUUGCUACGAGCUUACAUUUUGCCACGACGAACGACAGAUCUCUCUGUGUGGCGGUCACAAGCAGCUGCAUGGUCGUCGCCAUCGACAUCAUCACACUGGAGAUAUUCUUUGAGGUUCAGAAUCCACUUAUCCAUGGUGUGCCAUCGUCCUUCCUAUUUUCGAAGAACGGUAUUUGGGUUCUUGUUGGCACAACAGAUGGCAUCUUGUGUCUCUGGGACCUUCGCUUCCUUGUACUCGUGAAAUCCUGGAGGGUGACGAUUGAUAGCUCUACCGUUCAAAAGUGCGCUAUUCGAAAGCUUAUCCUGGUUCCCAGCAGCAGCAGACUCACGGAAAAGCCUAACAGUAAUAGCUAUUUCGCAAUGAUUGGUGGACUGAGGGAUGCUGACAUUACAGUCUGGGAAAUUCCCAGCUUCGAGUGUCGAGAGAUCUACACAGCCAACACUGACAACCCUCAGAUCAAAAAGUAUGCUCUUCAGGAGAUGAAGCUGGAGAAGGAUGUGAACUUGGAUGAGCUUUUCUCGGAAUUCACCUUGGAUCUUGACAGGCCCGUGGACGAAAGUCCUCUGACGCUUGACUUGAUUCAACGUGGAGGCGUCAACCCGCAUAGUGAUGGGUACUUCGUCCUGACUACUAGCGACAGCAGCAUAAUAGUUUGGGACCUACAAGACACCAGAGCCUCCAGCCUGGUUUUCCACGACAAGAGCAACUUUGGUAGAACUCAAGUGAAUUCUAGACUAAGCGUUGCCUACGAACAAAGCACGGGUAAAACAAAUAAGAGAGGCUCGGACAUUCCACGGUACGAUGCCAUUACAGGAUUAGCAGUAAACUCCAAUAUUCCGGUCACGAUACUAACGUCAGGUUACGACACUGGAGGAAUCCCCAUCGGAGGUGCCCUUAUUCACGAAGAUGGCACUGUCUUGGGCCGUGGCCACAACCUGAGAUUCCAGAAGGAUUCUGCCACUUUGCAUGGUGAGAUCGACACUUUGGAAAAAGCCGGCCGUUUGAAAGGCAGCGUUUACAAGAAGUGCACCAUGUACACCACUUUGUCUCCGUGCAACAUGUGCUCUGGAGCUUGUAUCUUGUACGGCGUCAAGAGAGUCGUUAUUGGCGAGAAUGAAAAUUUUGUUGGUGCCGAGGAGUUGCUCCGCUCGAAGGGUAUCGAGGUGGUGAACUUGAAUGACACCAAGUGCAAGGAAUUGAUGACUCGUUUCAUUACCGAGCGUCCUCACGACUGGAACGAGGACAUCGGCGAGUAA